AUGACUACGGGGUCAUGGUGUGAUAUCCGUGUGGGGGGGGCUGAUGACGAUGACAAAUCAAAUCUCGUUGAUGUAUUGUACAACGGCAUAAUAAACGGCUGGUUGGAAGAAACUAAAGGGGUUGAUGACAAAUCAGAUCAUGUAGAUAUGUUGUACAAGGGCACAAGAAACAAGAAGAUAAAAAUUGAGCGGCAUAGUAUCUGGGUCGAUGUACCUGACCCAUUCAAUUUGAAGGUCUUUGCUCAGCGCUUAUUUCUGAAUUUUCAUUCAGAUAACAUUCGAGCCAAGGAAAUCACUGAGUCGACGGGUGACUGGGACUCGAUACAAUCGACCUUCUUCUCAUCCAAGGCUACUACGGCUAAAGCAGGUUGUAUCCUUGUCAUCACAAAAGAAGAAACUGUGGCCACACACUGUGUGAAGGGUCAGACACAUCUAGCGUUCAACGCUCAAGACUUGAAGGCGGACCCAUCCAUUUCUUCCUUGAUAAAAAAGGGUUGUUGGCACUAUGGAAUUAGAGGCAGAAAGGGUCGCUUGUUCUAUGACAGAAGGAAAUAUGCACGAGAAUGGGCCAACAAAUUUGAAGAUGUUGGCACCAUUAAUCUAGAUGGAGAAGAUGAGGAGAAGGGAUUUCGUGAAUUCACGCUGAAGCUGGGCGGACGGGACAUGCCAUACAAUCGGGGUUAUCAUUUCGAUUUGACGGACUUCGCCUGCCGCUUACUUGUGGAUUUUUAUUCGGAUGAUCCUCAAGCCAAGGAAGCCGUAGCAGUCCGUCUGAUGGAAGUCACUCUUGAUGACCCGAUUAAGGAGUGCCGCGAGAUUCUUCGUAACGAAGAACGCUUGGUUGUCAUCAAUGGUCUGGACUCCAAAGAAGACUGGGAUUCCAUCAAGGGCACCUUCUUUUCUGAGCAGCAUCCUCAAAGCAUUAUCCUUGUUGGGUCUCGUAGUGGUGUGAUGCUCAGUAAUAAGGAGAUGCGGCUGGGUACCCAAGAACAAUGUCGUCUUAUAGACAUGGUUAGUUAG